AGAGUAAGAGAAUUUAUUUUGAAUUAAAUGUGGGUUUUUACAUAUUUUUUUAGGUUUGUCUUGUCCACUAGUUUAGUGAAUUGAAAUUCUAAAAGUUCUCAAAAAGUUAAUCGAGAAUUCUAGAACUGAAUUGCUUCCCAAACACUGAAUUUAGAAUUGAUAAUUCCAGAUUUGAAAUUACAGUAAUUACCAAACAACGAAAUAAGAAUUGAAAUUAUAAAAUUUAAAUUCUAGAAUUUGAAAUCAAAUCCUCGAAUCCAAAGGCAACCUAACUACUUAAUAAAUGUAAUACCAUUUGAAGCACAACCCAACUACGGCCCAGCGCCAAUGCUAGUGAAAAUGACAGUCCAACCCAAAGCCCAGCAUCACUCUGCUCUCUCUCUCUCUCCCUCUCUCUCUCUCUCUCUCUCUCUCUCUCUCUCUCUCUCUCUCGCGCGUCGAUUCCCUCUUUCAUCCUAGAGUCUCGUCGGCAUGGGGAAUUUGCAGAUCUGAGAUCUCUAAAUUAUCAUCAAUACUUCAAUUUUAGCACGUGUUCAUGCAAUUUAGACUUCCAUUUUUGCUGGAGAGAAGGGGAGCUUGGCUGAUAUCUUUUUGAUUUUCCCCUUCAUGAUGAAAUACAUGACGUUUUGUUGAUUUUGAGGGAGAUCUGUCGGGUUUGGAUGAAAUCCUUAAAGUUAUAAUGGAUGAAGUUGUAGUGGCAGUCGAGAGUGUGAGAAAGGAGUGGGAUCAAACAUUUGUUCAGACUCAAGAACAUGUGAGAGCAAUUGAGAGUUGCGGGAAAUCCGGAAGAGGGACAGAGGAAGCGAAUUCGCUUCCUAGAUUGAAUGGUGCUGCACAAGACGGAAUGGCGGUGCUCAGGUCAUUGCAGGUUAAGCUCGACCUUCUAGCCCAUCAACUUCCCACAGAAGAGGAGGUGCAGUCUGCGAAUGCAAUGUGGAAGUCUUGGAAGGAGCAGUAUCAGAGUUUUUGCAUAUGAGCUUGAGGGAUGCUAAUUUGCAAGUAAAAUCCAAUAUCCAAAAGGCGGCACAGGAAGAAGCCAGUUGCCUCUUAUGCUUCAUUAGUUUUUUUCUCUAUCCUUACUUUGCACUUUGUUUUUUGUACUAAUAGCCCCAAUUAAUGCACGAUAACUUUGCUUCAUCUGACUUUUAGGUGUUCUUGUCCAAUUAAUCAAUCUAGUUGACCACUCUUAAUUGUUCCUAAUGGAAACUUUGUGCAACUGUCUUGUCUCUUUUAUUUUCGGUAUAAUAGAACUGAUGUUGGAUGCUUUUGUUUGCAGAGAGAGCUGCUUUUAGGAGGUGGAGAAGAGUCUACAAUUCGUAGACGUAAUCUACAGACAAAGGCUGGAAUGACAUCUGCUGCAGAAAGCAUUACUGAAAGCCUUCGACGUACUUGUCAAUUGAUGGUUCAGGAGGUUGAAAGAAGCACAAGUACAUUGGGAACUUUUGAGGGAUCAACUAGUUUCUUAAAAAAGGCUGAGAGUGAGUACAAAGGCCAUCGCUCUUUACUGAUGCGUACUAGGAGAUUGCUAUCCACAAUGCGUCAUCAGGAUGUCUUGGACAGGGUGAUUAUUGUGAUUGGGUUUCUCGUAUUCAUGUCCGCGGUGCUUUAUGUUGUGUCGAAACAGGUUGGCUUACUGAGAUUGCGGAGGACGAUUACUGCUGCCAUUAAGUCGGGAUCAAUAGGCCGUGAGGGUUUGGAUGGCCUAAAUAGUAUACAAGCUAGUAAUGCCGAGGUUGUUCAUCAUCUAAAUGAUGAGAUCUCUGAAUCAUUUUAAUUGCUGCAGUCUCAACUUGUAUUGUUGUAUAGCCUCGUUUAUGUUUGGUUGGUUCUUUCGCUGAGAAUGAAGAGUUUAUGCUGGUUUUACUGGAAGAGUGCUCAAUUUGCAUGAACUUACUUUCUUUUUCAC